AUGCUGGGCGUCCUCCUUGUCUUUCCUCUUGCGCUGGCCGCAUUCGCUGUCCCGACCAACAGGACGAUCGAUGAUGAAUGGGGCGAUCUAGUCACCGGAGAGAAACCAGUGUACUCGAACGCAUGGAACUACGGACCGACUUGCGGUCAAUGCGAUCUCCACCCAAGUGUAGGCGAAGCGUUCCAAAGUACAUGGCACGACACGACCUCGAAUACCUUGGCAGAGCCCUCUGUCACAUUGAACUUCACCGGAACUGCUAUCUGGGUAUAUUGCAUCCGCAGCAACUACGAUGCCGUCGGAGACAUAACGUUCACCAAUGCUACGUUCGAACUAGAUGGCAUCCUGGUCGACACCUACUACUACGCUCCUAAAACAUGGGUCGACCAAUUCGAGUACAACGUUACUGUCUUCAAUAGGACAGAGCUCAGUAAUGAGAAGCACACGCUGGUUGUGACCGCAGCGCAAAAUUCCAGUGGGCUAGCAUCUGUUCUGCUGUUCGACUGGGCUAUGUAUACCACUGACGACGAUGACACGACUCCGACAACUCAGAUCGACAACUCGCCAACAACCGCAUUGGCCUCGGCCUUGAGCAGUGCAAGUAGCGACUCGGUGGUCAAUACAGCUCACCACGGCCCACCCGUUGGCGCGAUCGCCGGCGGUGUAGUAGGUGGUGUCGCCUUCCUCGCACUGUGUCUCUUCCUCGUGAUUUGCUUCCAAAGGCAGCGAGCGCCGCCGUUCGUGAAAGGCUGGAACAGCCGGGACAUCGAGCCAUUCGACACAACUCCGAAUCCUCCGGGCAUGGUCGUUUCCUUGUCUGAUCCGGCCGCACGAGGAUCGAAGGAUGCCGUUGUCCUCAGCGUCCCGGUCCCUGUCACUCUAGCUGACAGAGGAAGACUCGACGAGAAACGUCGACGGAUUACACCGAGGCCCUUACCAGAUCAUGAGCGCAUGGAGCGCGAGGCCGACGAACUCCGGCAGCAGGUCGCGAGCUUGCGCGCCGAACGGGCGGCGGCCGGUAGUGCUGCUCCAGCGCCGGGCCGUAUAGAUGCGACGGAGAGCACUGCCGUCCGUGUACCUGCAAACUCGCGAUUGACGCACGCAGAGAUUACGCGGGGGCUGAGGAGAGAGAUGGCGGCGUUGCGUCAGGAGAUGAGGCGGUUGACGGCGGAGACGGAGGGUGUCGUCAGACUGAACUGUGAACCGCCUCCUGCGUACAUGUGA